CUUAAUACAUGAGAAGGUGUUCUCGUGAGCGGAACCGACGCAACCGCUUCGUCGCUUCUGCUUCAUCUUCUUCCGCAGCUUCUUGCUCCGCUCUGUGUGGCCUAGUCGCGCGCGCUGCCAUUGAGGAGAAUCCCUGAGGCUGGGAAUAACAUAUGGUUCCUGAAGUGAAGAGAGAGAUAUAGUACCUUAAUGGUAUUGCCAAUUGGAACAGGAAAUGGGGCAAGUUGCUGAAGCAUGGCUUGAAUGCCAGAAAAGAAUAGAUGAUUAUGUUGAUGAACAGGUAGCAAUGAGGACAAAACAGCACUUUUUGAAAGAAGACUGGGAAGUUUUCAAACAGAAGCGUUUUAUUGAACAGUUAAAUGGGAAGAACACAUUAGCAGCUGGAGAAAAUAACUUUACAGACACAAUGAGACAUUUGUUGUCAUCAAGACUGAAUAUUUCUGACUGUCCCAACUGCAAUUACAGGCGCCGAUGUACUUGUGAUGACUGCAGCCUUUCUCACAUUCUGAUGUGUGGAAUCGUGGAUUCACCAGUUACAGAUGGUGUCCAUAGUAACCAGCUACCACUACAAAUCGAUUCUGCUCCGGAUUACGUAUCUGAAAUCCACCUACCUAGUAUGUCAUCAGGAAGUUCAGGGUCUGGAGCUAGCUCUCCAUUUACUGUCCAGCAGAUAGACAGACCAAGGCUCAUUCUGACAGAUAAUGGUUCUGGAUCAGCUUUUAAUAUUGAAGAUGAAGAUGUUGCACCACUGUCAGAAAAACUUGCCGAUAUUUAUUCCAUUAAUAACUAUGAAAAUGCGAAGGUUGUAAGAAAUAUGACUAGAAUCCACAGUGAACUAAAUGGUACAGUUGAUGACAUGGCAUUGAAGUAUGAGUCUCCCCAGGGGAGCAGCACUUGUAGCAGUUCAUCAGAAGCAGAUACUGAAGAUGUGUCAGAAGCCGAUGCUGAUGAUGGGGAGAAUGAUAGUGAGCUACCAAGAACUCAAGAGGAUGAUUUGAUGCUUGGAAGAAACAUAAUAAGGAAGGAUGACACCAAAAGGAACAGCCCUCUGCCAUCAUACCCUGCUCAGCAGGCUGAUCAAGCUUCAGUUUGUUGUGAAUGCCAUGUCUGUAAUCAGGGAAGCCCAGAUGCCUCUUCUUCAGACACCGAAAUGAGCUGUCUUCCUCCUGGACAUCAAUUUAGGAACCCAGAAAACCCUGCACAUCCUGCUCUUCAUCUUUAUCCUCACAUCCAUGGACAAAUACCACUGCAUACUAUUCCUCACUUGCCGCCUCCACUCAUUCACCCCUCCUUGUAUACAGCUUCCACAUUUGCUCAGAAUAAGGCACUGGUCCAGAAUCAUACAAACAAGCAUCAAGUACUCAGUACAUCACUCCAAGAUCAUAUCUACCCAAGCUGUUUUGGGACUACAGCAGACUGGAAGAGUUCUAAAUUUCUAAGCAUUUGGGGAUCAGAAGUCAUGAAUGAGAAGGACUGGAAUACUUCCACGUUUUUACAAGAUACAUUUCCUGGGAAUGAUAUUGUAGCAACAGCAUGCUCAGAACUGGGACCUAAUGUAGUUCCUGUAACAUCUAGAAAUGAAGGAACAGUAGUGACUGAUAGCAAAAAGAGGGAAAACAUUUUAAAGAAAAAAUGUCUAUACCAUUUUCAAGAUGCUUUUAUGGACACUAACAAAGUUGUUAUGGCAACAUCAUCUGCAACUUCUUCAGUCUCAUGUACAGCUACUACAGUACAGUCAAGCAACAACCAGUUUAAAGUUUCAUCUAAAAGUCCAUCGUUGCUAGGUGAUGUUUUCCACGGUAUCAGUUCAGAAGAUCACAGAUGUUCUGCAUCAGCUGCAUCACAAAACGGCCCCACUAGUUUAGCAUCACUUCCUUCUCUUUCUCCUCUGGUACUUUCUCCAGCCUCUGCUCCUCAUCACCCAAGCGUAAAUGCUCCAUCUUUCUCUGGAGUUGCCCCAACAGCUCCUGGCUUUGUGGAUCCCCAUUCAGAUCUCUAUCCCACAACAGUUGCACCUACAUCAACUACAGAGGGCUUGAUUAGUGCCCCAUCAAGUGUUUGCAGUGACCCUGACUGUGAAGGCCAUCAUUGUGAGAACAGCAACAUCUAUGAUCAUCGGCAGUAUGAUGGUGAGGAGAGCCAAGAUGAAGAUAGCUGUUCAGAACACAGCUCUAGCACCUCAACAUCCACAAACCAGAAAGAAGGAAAGUACUGUGAUUGUUGCUACUGUGAAUUCUUUGGCCAUGGAGGACCACCAGCAGCACCAACUAGUAGAAAUUAUGCUGAAAUGAGAGAAAAGCUUCGCUUGCGUUUAACAAAGAGGAAGGAGGAGCAGCCCAAGAAACCAGAACAGAUCUCAGAUAAAGAGAGUGUCAUUGAUCAUCGAAAAGUGGAAGAUCUGCUACAGUUUAUAAACAGUCCUGAGACUAAGCCAGUAAACAGCACACGGGCAGCCAAAAGAGCAAGGCAUAAGCAAAAAAAGUUAAAAGGAAAGUCCCAUGUUGAAACAGAAGCAAGAGAACAGGAGCAUGAUCGGCUACUGGAACAGCAACAGCAAGAAGAUGAGGAGACCCAACAACUACAAGAGUUGCAAGCUGUAAAGAAAAAGAAAAAAGAGAGAACCACCACAAACUGUCAGAAAGUGAAAGCGCUUACUCAGAGUUGUCAAGUAAUAACAAAUCCUUCGCCAAACACCCCAGAAAAUAAUCAGAAUAAAGUACUGGAAAAAACAGAAAUGUUAUCUGAUUCAUCAUCUAAGAAUGCAAAUCAUGUGGAACAGGGCCCAACUUCUGUAAAUCUCUGUGAACCAUGUAGUUCAAUAAAUAGCAGAGACUCAAACCUGCUGUUCAAGACAGAGAUGACUGUGAAAUCUCAUGAACCACUUUCUUUGCUCCUUAAUAUAAUGCAACAUCACACAGAAGACAAAACCAAACAGAAGAUAACACAGAUAAGUAAGCUGUUUGCUCAACAACUGAAAAAGCCUUCCAAAGCAAGCAACGUUCAGCCUAAAAUAAAAAAGCAAAUGGAGUCCAGAAUAAAAGUGGAAGAACUACAAUCACUUUCUGCCUCCAAAAGAGAGAAGAAAAUAAGCAUUAAUACAAAGCAAAUAAAUCCUAUAACAGAAUCGCAUUUUGUCAGUGGCUCCCCUUCUCCAAGUGAACCACAGGAUAAUAAGCUGACAUUACAAGAUUUUCCUCAGCCAAAGGGCAAGAGCAAGAAAAACAAAAAAAAGAAAGGCGACAAAGGACACUCAUCCAUUGAUGAUGUGUUUUUGCCAAAAGAUAUUGACCUUGACAGCGCAGAAAUGGAUGAGACAGAGCGGGAAGUGGAGUAUUUUAAAAGAUUUUGCUUGGAUUCUGCCAGACAGACAAGGCAAAGACUUUCCAUCAACUGGUCCAACUUUAGCCUGAAAAAAGCCACCUUUGCUGCCCACUAAAGGCUACAGUAUGGAGUACAGAUGCUUUAGGAACUAAUUACUAACUCCAUUUUUCCCAGUGCAGAGGGCUGUUCUGGCCUUCAGAAAGAUAACUUUGUUCCCAGUACUGUGUCGAUCUUAUCCAGACUCUCCCCCUCCCGCCCCCAUUAUUCUAGCAAACUGAAAAAUUGCUUUCUCCAUACACUUGUUAUUUUGUGUGACUGAAGCCUGUGAGUGAGACUUACUUGAUUGUAGCACUCAGUUGUUGGAGUUGGAACAAUAGCAUGUUUCAAUUUUCUGGAAAGACUUUGGCAUCAAAGAUUCUGGCUCUCAAUAUGCAUUAUCUGCUAUGGCUUUUGCCAUUUUGUUACGACUUGUCCUUUGGCCAGAGCAAUGGAUCUAGCCAGUUUUGCUCUCUUCUGCCAUAAACUCCUCUAAACAAAGUUUCAUGGAAAAAAAAUUGCCUCUGGGACAAACAUUUGCUUUUGUUUUUCACAAUCUACUGUUAAGAAUGUACGAGUUAAGCUAUUUGUGUUUUGAUUAUUCCUGAUUUGUAGCCAGCUUGUGUAAAAAUACUUGCAGAUGAAAGUUUAAUGAACAACAAUACUUGCAUAUCAAAUCAGUAAAACUGUAUAAUUGUAUUAAUACUGAAGCCUACCUGGCUAAUUUUUAACAUAUUGUUAAGAAAUAUUAAAAUCAUGCCUUUCUUGUUGAAAGAUGGAAUACAUUAGUAUCAUAAAAGA